AUGUCAACCACCGGUGCUCGCGCAGAAAAACUUCUGGCUGUUGUGGAUCUUGUUACAAAUGCCGCUCAGGCGAUAAUAAAAGAAUGGGCUAAGGAGGACGCUGCUAGCGGUCAGAACGCUCUUCCGUCCGUAGACCUCUUCAAGGCUCAGCGCACCAUCUUGGCUGCCUGCGGCUCGUUCACUGAGCUCGUACAGGUGCCCCAGAAGCGCGUCAUCGAAGUUGCUGCCCAAUUCUUCGAGGCCCGGGCGUUGCACAUCGCGGUCGAGCAUCGCGUCGCCCAUCACCUUGCCAAGGUGGACCAGGCAGUAGGAAUGUCCAUCACUGAGCUCAGCAAGGCCACCGGUCUCCACCCGAAAAAGCUUUCGCGCAUCGUGCGGGCCCUCUGCUCCAUGCAUAUUUUUGCUGAAGUUCAAGAUGGAUAUUUCGCAAACAACACAGUCAGUGAGACGCUUGCCACCGACGAGGCCCUUGAAGCAUACGUCCUUUUGAUGGCAUCGGAUUAUUACUCGGUCUCGGACAAGUUGCUGAAGAUUAUCGGUGAUCCUGUCAAAGGCUGGUCCAACUCUGUGACCGACUCCGCUUUCCAAGAGGGACAUGGUACCAAGCUGUCUUUCUGGGAUUGGCUCGAAGAAGGUGUUGUACAGCCCGACGGUAGCGUCAAGCCGCGGCCCAGCUUGGAACGAUUCACUCUCUCGAUGGUCAAUGCUAGUCGUCUCAUCGGAACCCCACCCUUCUACGACUUUCCAUGGGAAUCGUUCGGAUCUGCAACAAUGGUUGAUGUGGGUGGUGGCGUUGGUGGAAUGAGUUUCGAUCUCUGCAAUCAUUUCCCUCUCCUCAAUUUCAUUGUCCAGGAUCGCCCUGCCAUAAUCGAGAAGGCUGAACCUGUGUGGCAGCGCGAACGACCAGAAGCACACAAGGCUGGUCGGGUUAAAUUCAUGGCCCAUGACUUCUUCACCGAGAACCCUGUGAAGGGUGCCGAUGUGUACCUUCUGCGUCACAUCCUCCAUGACUGGGAAGACGACCGCUGCGUUGACAUCCUCUCCGCUAUUCGCCCUGCGCUAUCCGCGAACUCGCGCGUGCUGAUCGUGGACUCAGUGAUGAACACGACGUUGGGUUGCCCCGAGCUACCCUCCGCACCGUUCCCCCUUCCCGCAAAUUACGGCACUUCGAUUCGCCUCGCUCACCAGCUUGAUCUGAUAAUGAUGUCCUUGUUCAACGGCGCGGAGCGCGUCCCGAGCGAUUUCCGCUCGCUUGCUCAGCGCGCGGGGCUCGAGGUUACCCGCAUCUGGGAGUGUCCUGGAGACUGUAUCACUGAGAUGCGGUUGCCAUCUGGAAAGCAGUAG